UGUCAAAACACUCAGGUCAUCUCCUGAGGUCAUCUCCUCCACCAAUCACAGCCCUGCGUUGGCUUGAGGAUGAGGGAGACUUGAAGAUGAAGGACUCUAUUUAUCAGUUCUACACGGCGGCCAUCGGCCACACGUCGCUCGACUUGUUGGGAGUUUUCCAGAUCCGGGACGGGUUCGUUGUGAAGAUGCUUCGCUCUCAGAUGAAGGUGCUGGUCGUGGCUUUGUGCUCCUCUGUGCUGGCGCUCCACGUCAGCUCUGCUCCACAGAUGGACGAACUCACGGAAACCCUACAAGCAGAACUGAUCGGUGAUAAGGAUCUAACCGGAUUGCUCCUGCUGAGGUUCAUGUCUGAACUGAUGGCGUCCAGAGGAGAAGAGAUGCAGGAGGAGGAGGACGAACGCGGAGGCAGGCAGAGGCUGAUGAGACGACACGUCCGCUUCACCCACCGAGAGCGCAAAGCAGGCUGCCGAAACUUCUUCUGGAAGACUUUCACCUCCUGUUAGCAUGAGACGCUUUGGGACCUCUAAACCUGGAGUAAUUGUGUUUUUAAAACAAGCCACUGCAAAGCAACAAGUAUGCUUUUGUCACCUGAAAUGUAUAAGUCAAGGUAUUUAAACUCUUCUGAAAUGAAAGAUAAUUUUUGAUCCUUCAUUUACUACAUCAGGCAACAACAUAUUGUUGUUACUGGACCAGGAAAGUAGCAUAAAUGCAUAGAAGUGUCUUAAUACAAAGCAAUUUGUUCACAAAUAACGUGUCGAGAUAAAUAUCCACCCUUUUCUCCACGUUCAAUAAAAUA